ACGUCCCUCCUCCCCUUUAAUUCGCUCGGCCGUGCCAGUUGAGUGUUGUGUCGGAGAGACGGUCUGCUCCACGGUCUGCCCCGGCUAACACUAGCUGAUUGACCCGCUUGGCUCGGAGGCUGGACCCGGAUUUCACGGCACACGAUGUUUUAUUCCUAGGGGCCUGGUAACGUUAGGAAAAACGAAACGCUGGAUGAUAACCGAGAAGACGUGACUGAAACGGGAAGCCGUCAAUGCCAAGAAAGAAGAUCCAUGGCAAAGUGGUUGAAGGACUACCUAAACCUUGGCACCAGGCGUGACCCUCCACAGCCCCCGAGGCCAGAUUACAGCGAGAGUGAGAUUCUGAGGGCCUACAGAGCUCAGAAGGAGCUAGAUUUCGAGGACCCGUACCAGCACUCUGACAAGGAGCAUCAGAAUGGUGGAUUCAGCCCCUGUAGUGCUACAGUGAGCCUCCCCUCAUUCCCUGCAUUUGGUUCAGUGCUGCCCAAUGGCGUGGAGGUGAAAGUGGUGUCUCCCAAGCACAGACUAAUUAAAGUGGACUCUCAGGAGUUUGGUCGCUGUAAAGUCCCUCUGAGUCCCGUGACUGUUCAAGAGGAACCUGUGGUACCUUCUGCUCCAGCAGCGUCGGACGCUGACACAGAUUAUUCUGACCCCUUUGAUGUCCGUCCAGACCCAAGAGGCAGACCGAACUGGGAGCCCAAAUCUGCACCAACAGAUUGCUGCAGCUACAUGGAGCCAUUUGAGGCCCAGCGGAUUAUCUCAGAACUGCAGAACAGCAUGAUGACAACUAACAGAUCCGGGAGUGGAGAUGGUGGCCAGUUAUAUGACAACCCAUAUGAGGAGAGGACACGUCACCAGCACCGAGCUGCCCCACCAACACAACAACAACCAACUCAAUGGGUUGAGGGCGGACUUGCCCAGAUAGACAGCAGGGAGAGCAGGCUGCCUCAAGACGACGAGAGGCCAGCUGAUGAAUACGACCAGCCCUGGGAGUGGAAGAAGGACAACAUCUCUAAAGCUCUAGCAGUUCAGUUUGAAGGGGCUGAAAGGGAGCGCUCGCGAGCUCAGACAGAGCAGACCAGGCUCACCAAGACAGGCACUACAUCAACCACAGCAGAGUCAACUACGCUCCGUCUGGUUGGUGACACCCCUCCUCUCCUGGGAGAGAGGGUGGACCCAUCUGUGCCACUAGAGAGACAAGUGUGGUACCAUGGAACCCUGAGUCGCUCGGAGGCAGAAAGUCUACUGACUCUGUGCAAGGAGAGCUCCUACCUGGUGAGGAACAGCCAGACUUCCAGGAACGACUACUCACUCUCACUCAGGAGCUGUAAGGGCUUCAUGCACAUGAAGUUCACUCGGUCUGCAGAGGGGCGUUACGUGCUUGGAGAGAACAGCCCUCCUUUCUCCACCAUCCCAGAGGUCAUCCACUACUACACUACACACAAGCUGCCGAUCAGAGGAGCUGAGCACAUGUCCCUGCUGUAUCCUGUCAUAGUGCAGACCCUCUGACACUGACGCACUCACAUGUUCUUCCUACAUGUUCUUCUUCUGGUGCUACUGAAUACAAUAUAUACUCAAUAUUUACAUUUUUCUGCCUCUUUCCUUUCCUACCUGCCUUUUUCUCUUCCAUUUCUACCUGAACCGCUCAGAGAGAUUGGACUGUUUGGUGCCAUCUUUUCCAUAAUUUACCAUAACCCCAGUAACUACACUGGCAGCUUGAUAAAGAGAGCUUGUCGCCUCAUGAAUAUUUGCCUGUGAACUGGUUGUAUCACUGAAAAAUCCUUAAGACUCCUGAGAAUCAGCUGUCAUCAAUGUUAAGAUGGUAGCUGAGUACUUUUUAGGUAAAAGAUGAGAAGACAAACUGACGUGUCUUGAGAGAGUAGAAAAUUACAGAAUUUUGCAUGGAGAUUUGUCUCUUUUUACUGUAUUGCAGAUAUAGACUGUACAGCCAGCUCACUUAAAGGAUAAUGACGGUUUUCUUGUCAUCUAGGCUGACUUUUCACCCACAGCAGCAGUUGUCUUCCCUUUAAAUGACAAAAAACAAAAGAUGGAUAUGAGGCAUGGGCAGUUAAAGUACAAAAUGCCGAAGGAAAAUUUGCUGUAACUGCAAAAAACACAUUUAUUAGCCAUUUUAAGUGUAUUAUCAACCAAACACUACAUAUUUACUGCUGCCGUCUCUGGCUUUCUUUUGUGUUUCAGAGGCCUGUGAAUGUUAUUUGAUGCUGUGCCCUGCAGUGUCCUCCUCACUUCAUGUUAUGUGUGAAAGCGACAGUAAAAUGUCCGACAGACGUGACUCGCUAACUUCACACAGUAACAGACUCCUGCAAUACUAGUUUAGAGAGUAAUAACUUACAGUAUUAUAUUGAAAGCUUGUGGCUUUGUGAUCAUGACUAUUAAAGAAGCUUUGGUAGACUAUUUACUGUUAUUUGCUGUUUUAUAAGAUUUAAAAUGUGUGUUGAAAAUAAAGGUGUUGUCUGUUUUUAAA